AUGGAUUCGAGCCGGGGCCAAUUCCAGACAACGGCCGAAGGUGAUGAGACACAGCCAAAGAUCGAAGCUCUGACUCAAGAAGAGAUCAAUGAGCGUCUGCGCCGCAAGCGCAAGGCCCGCGGACAGAAGGCUUGCCAUCCAUGUCGGCAGAGGAAAGUCGGUUGCAAUUAUCAACACCCUUGUCAAAAGUGCAUCGACCGCAACCACCCUGAGCUCUGCAUCUAUGAGCCCUUGUCCAAGCGCGCAAAUCUCGACACUCCUACCAGUCAGGGGGUUCCGCCCAGCGCUGCCAGCGAGGGUCCGGCGGUGGGAUGGAGCAGGAUCAGCGAGAGACUGCAGACGAUCGAACAGGCCAUUCAAGAGCUGCGAAAUGAGUUGAAAGAUUUGCCAGGACGGGACAGGUCUCCUUCGAUGCUGGUUGGCCGGCCCAAGGUCGAGAGAACGGGACGAGACUCGAGCAGUGAGGGUGUCGAUCAGGACAACUUUGCCAUCCACACCAGCAACGAAGUCACGGGCGAGACCGUCCACCUGGGCGGCAACUCUGUCCCGGCCAUGGUCUUUUCGCUGAAGAGUGACCCCAACGAAUAUGACGUCCAGGAUCUGCUUGGCAAGAGCAUCCUACCUCUGUUCGGCCUGGACAACGAGAGUGCCACCUACCCUUUCGUUGACCUUUGGGGCUUACCUCACGGAUCCUAUGCCAGACUGCAGGCAAUGUGCAGACUGUUACCCACGGACGCCGAUUGCUUGCAGUAUUUUGCACAAUAUCGCGAUACGGCGCAUGUUCUUUUCCCCGGCGUAGUCGACAUCAAACAGUUUGAAGGAGAACUCACCCACUUUCUCAUCAGCAAAGCUGCCGUGGCUAGGGAUGCUCCUUAUGAGGCUCUGUCGAAUGACAACAUAUACGGCAAAACACUCCACUGGGUUGGAUUGCUGUUCGCCAUCCUCGCGUCCGGCUACCAGUGCUCGUCAUUGCCGCGGAAAGAACGCCAACUGACUAGUCAGGUAUACGUGUGCUGUGCAUAUGAAUGCCUUCGCAUCAUCAAUUACUUGUCCAAUUCGAAGUUGCUCGAUAUCCAGACGUUGUUGGUGCUGGGGAACGUCAUUUCCAAUAACAUGAACUCGGGCAUCGCCUGGUGCCUGCUCGGACUGACCAUUCGCAUAGGGCAGAGCCUUGGGCUGCACCAGAAGACUUACCGGGCCAGCUCUGACGCCGAGAGGUCGACACGAGAAGAACUUUGGUGGCGCAUCGUCUGGCAGGACAGCCUUAUCUCGAUCACAUUUGAUCGAGCAUCGGCUACGCCCACCAUCUCGCAUCACAAAUCAGUCCAGUCGGCCGACAACACGUGGUUGUCAUAUACCGACUGUAUGAAGAUCUUGUGUGAGACGGGUCUCGAGAUUGUGCGGGAGAGGAGUAAACACUCGGAUCCCCGGCAUGAACUCAUGCGGAUCAACCGCCACCAGGGCGAACUGGCCAGAAUGAUGGAACACGCGCUCCAGCAUCUCAAGGAUGCCACGGCGUGCCAGUCGAUGAGGGAUCAACUCGAACACUGGAACCUCUAUCUCCAUCGGUCAUACAUCCUGUCGGAAUUGUACCGGUCGGCCUUGAAACGCAAGCAGACUUCGGAACUCAGCAGCUUUCGGGCCGCAUGCUUGGAAAAUAUGGCCAACACGGUGGAUGCAUUCCUGGGAUUGUCCAAUGUAACUCGGUUUGCCACGCAAUCUUGGGCUGCGGUUCAUCGGUCGCUGAGUUCGGCGCUUUUGCUUGGAAUUCUGAAACAACCCCAGAGCCAACUCCGGGUCCGGACACUGCUUGACAAGCUUAUUGUAGUCAUGUCGAGCAUCAGCUCUUCGCUGGAUCCCACGGAGCUAUCUGCUCCGAUUUCGAGAGCUGUCAGAGCCCUUGCACGACUCAAUGCACACCACGGCUCCGAGGUUGGGACAGAGCACAGUGCGGGUGGGCAUGUCGUUCCGGGUUGGGAGCGAAGCGCGAGCUCGGAUACUCUGAUGUAUAUGGGGCAUCCUUCGAAUGAAGCGUCUGGGGAUGACGCUGGUCGGUCUGAUGAUUCGCCUUAUGAGUUGAUGGAGAAGAUCCUCUGGGGAUCGCAGGGUAUAUCCCCAGUUUGA